AUGGCUACCCGUUUCCGCAGGGCAACCAGGACCAAGCCAACCAUUUCCUACGCCGAACCCCCCUCAUCCGACUCUGAUUUAGACCUGGACGAUGACUCUGCGGCUGAGCAAUCGGUUCGCAGACGCUCGAGUCGCAGAGUAUCGGCUCUCAAGCACACCCAUACCCAACCACUACCACAAACCCACCCGCCUAAGCGGCAGCGGCCUUCGAGGCAAACGUUCGACACCGAUACAUCGGAGGACGAGAUCUCGAGACCCGCUACGAAGAAGACCCGACCAUCGAAGCCCAUAUCCCCAAAAUCUUCAAAAUCAGUCAAGUCGACAUUAGUCAAAUCGAAUGCUGCCCACCAAACAGCCUCCUCGGGGGUUAUUCCGCCUUGGCAGGGCCUCCCAUAUCAAGUACUCACCGACAUCUUCGAAUAUGCUGUACAACCACUCUUUGAUGAGCACUCCUUUCAACCUUCACCAUCUGUCAAAUGGCUUUUGCAGAUGGCACGCCUCUGCCGGGCGUUCGCGGAACCCGCGCUUACGGUUCUGUAUUCUUCGCCUCCAUUGGUUCCUAUGGUGCAGGCUCAUAGAUUAGUCGACUUGCUGAAGGAGGAUCCUACGACGAAGGCAUUCAGAUACAGGAACAAAAUCAUUUCGCUCUGCAUUGAUGUCGGCCAAGUCGUUGCCUAUUCUCUCCCGGGUAGUGGACAUCUUGACGUAUAUGACUUGAUCAAAUAUUUGCCUAGGCUUGCCGAGCUAGAGCUUUACCACCAGAAGGACAUGUCACCAUAUCGAACUCUCGAUGAAAAUAUCAAAUGGACAUAUCCGGAGAAGCUGUUUGAUGCGUUGGAAUACAUUGAUCCGGCUGCGGACCCACUCAAAGGUGAUAAGACCGGCGUUUGCAAGUUGAGAAGCUGGCGUUGGUCGUCGAGACUCGCUGGCAAGAAAUGGCCCUUGGAGAAGAUACGAGAGGUUCAUAUGAUGCCGUCAUUUGCAAACUUACGAAAGAUUGCAUUUGUAAAUUAUCAGGUUCCUGCUGCUGGACAAGUUGAAGGAGAACCAACACACGAGAACCUUCUUGCCGAAUCUUUGAAGCCGCUCAAGCACCUUGACCACUUGAUAUUUGAAUCCUCAACACUUGUCAAUGCGAAGUUGCUAUCUCUGCUACCGACCACCUUGCGCCAUCUAGAGCUGAUCAACUGUUGGGAAGUGGUGGCUGAUGACUUUGCGGCAUUUCUUCUCACUCAUGGAAGUCAACUUCGCUCCCUUACAUUGAAUCACAACCAGUCAUUAAGUCUCUCGUUUUUACCUGUCCUUGGCACCGGUUGCCCGAAGCUUCAACUGUUCAAGAUGAACCUUACAUAUUUCAACUUGCACGCCACUUAUCGCGACUCUGAGCCUCAAUACGACCAACUCAUGCUCCCAGAUCAAAUUCCGAUUUGGCCCUCGACCCUCCAAACUAUUGAGCUGAUUCAACUGCGCAAAUGGCAGACUGAAGCAGCAGAGAUGUUUUUCCAAAGUCUCCUCAGCAGUGCAGCGACUCUACCUGAUCUGCGGAGAUUGACUAUUCAAGCUAUCUUGAAUAUCGCUUGGAGAGACCGUGCGUCGUUUCGUGAGAAGUGGAUUGGGUCUUUAAACCGCGUCUUCAAGCGCGUGUCCGAUCCUCCUAAACCACAUCAUUCUGUACGAACUCGCGAAGACUCUGAUGCUGCUGCGAGUGAGCAAGAGUCGGUUGCCUCCCCCGCCUCCAACACAUACAGCCGAAAGGUUUCGCUGUCGACCCCUCAAGCCACACCCCCUCGUCGCACCCUACGUACCUGUGCUCGAAAUUCCAGAGCAGGAAUCUACGCUCAAAGCCCAGACACCUCUGACUCAGAGCCCGAUCCCCCUUUGCUACCAACUCCAACCAAAAAGACUCAUAAAACCGGCCUCACCCGGGAGCUUGAGAUUCUCAAGCAAACAGCCGGCAUUGACAGUCCACCCGACUCCCCAUCCUCUCCUGCAAAAGCCGAUUCUUCAGACGAUGAUGAACCCCUUCUGCUGAAGAAAGACCGCAAAGGCAAGGCAAAAGAAACCAUCCAGGGUAUGUGUGAGGUUGUCGAGGUGAGGAUCGACAAUUUACGACCGACAGAGAUACAGGUUACCGAGGCGGAUUUCUUAGAUGACGAGGUGUCCGGUGAUGAAGAUUGGAACGGUGAUGACGAUAGGGCUGAUGAUGGAUAUGCUUGGUAA